GUUUUCUAAGUCCUUACAUGCCGAAUCGACUGGACGCCUCUCAAAAGUUAAUUGGUUUAAUAUGAAUCCCAAUGCACCUUCGUUCGUUCCAGGAGUCGGCCUGGUCUAUACCGACGAUGCAAAGGCGCCCGAAAAAAGAUUUCCGGCGUCGAGCCAACCUUCCUCGGACUGCAGCGAUAGCAAGGGACAUGACAUUGGCGAAGAAGAUGCGUGCCAGCUUCGCGACGUGUCCAUAGACAUUUCCGAGCCUAGGCAGUCGUCUUCAUCGGACGCCGUAUUGAAAGAUGACGAAAGUCAAGUCUGCGCUACGCAGGCGGUUGUUGAGGAAACCGAGGCAUCCGCGCCAAAUGCUGCCACCCUCAAAUCAACCCAAGAAAACUCCUCGAUUGACGAAGCCCAAGAAAAGCCGGAAGGUGAUAAAGCCGUCCCCGCUGUCUCCGGCGAGCAGAACAAGACUCUAGAGCAUGUUAGUAUCAUUUUCUUAGGUCACGUGGACUCCGGAAAAUCGACGACUUCUGGCCAAAUUCUGUGGCAGACAGGCAUGAUUACUGAGCGCAUUAUCGAAAAGUACACCAAGGAGGCCGUUGAGCGAAAGCACACAUCUUGGUUCUUGUCUUACAUUAUGGACGCGCUUGAAGAGGAGCGCUCUAAGGGCAAGACGAUCGAAGUUGGUCGUGCCAGAUUUUUGUCUUCCAAAAGGCGCUAUACGAUCCUUGAUGCUCCAGGGCACAAGAAUUACGUUCCGAACAUGCUGGUGGGUCUUUGCCAGGCGGACAUUGCAAUUUUGAUUAUUUCUGCUCGAAAGGGCGAAUUUGAGUCCGGGUUUGAAAAAAAUGGCCAGACUAGGGAGCAUGUCUUUCUGGCUCGUGCCAUGGGCAUCCGCUCGCUCAUUAUUUGCAUCAAUAAGAUGGACGAUCCGACGGUGAAUUGGAGUAAAACUCGAUACGAUGACCUUGUAAAAAAAAUUGUACCAUUUUUGCAAAACACGCGCUACAACAUAAAGCGCGAUGUCAGCAUUAUACCCAUUUCUGGACAGUUAGGGUACAACAUAAAGACCAGGAUAGACGCGAGUGUUUGUCCCUGGUACACUGGCAAUUCUCUGAUUGAGACGUUGGACUCUCUUCCAUGUUCUCCUCGCGACCCGUCGGCGCCCCUGCGCAUGCCGAUUUUAGACAGGAUAAAGGACAUGGGCAUCAUAGCGAUGGGGAAGAUAGAGCAAGGCACGGUGGUGAAGAAUAGGCAGUACGUGGUGGUACCAGGAAACGCGGAGGUAGAGAUUACGAAGAUAGAGACUGAGGAGUCCGUGGACAGUGUGGCCGCAGGAGAGAUUGCGCACCUUACGUUGAAGAUAGCGGACGAGAGCCAGAUUGCGCGCGGGUCCGUGAUUUGCGAUGCCAAGAGUUUAGUGAACACGGCGACUGAUUUUGUGGCUCAGGUUGUCAUUACGGACCUACCGUCCAAUAAAGUGCUGAUUACGUCGGGUUCAGCCGUUAUGCUCCAUAUCCACGCGGUUGUGACCGAGGCAUCUUUUGUCAGGAUUUUGGUGGAGCUAGACAAGAAGACAGGAGAAGUGGUCAAAAAGUUGCCGAAGUUUGCAAGGGUUAAGUCGGUGAUAAACGUGCACAUCCAGGUGCCGACGCCGAUACCGAUAGAGGUGUUCAAGGAGAUGCCGCAGUUGGGGAGGUUUGUUAUUCGAGACGAGGACACGACGGUGGGGUUUGGUCAAGUGAUUCAUUUGGGCGCGCCGAGAUUAAAAAGAGGUAAUUGAAAAGAGAACGGGGGAGCACGUGAUUGGUGCGGAUAGAGGAGUGGUGAGCGUUUUGGUUGUGCGCGGUUUUUAUUUGCGGCGGGGGGGGGGUAUUGGGCGAUUGUACUGCGAGGGUGGUGGGGACGCGCUCUGAAAAAAAAAAAAAAUAGAUUCUCAGAGAUUCGAUCCG